CAGUGGGAGUCAGCUGACAGUUGUGACCAACUAGCGGGUGUAACAUCAAAACUGAAGAGAACCCCAACCUAGAAAAAAAAGCCUCUCUCCCUGCCUCCACGAACAAGACCGGCCCACGAGAACCGGACACCCGUCACCCCACGAUACCCGGCCACGUCUUCCCGCUUUCAGCAGGAUGAGUGUCGGCGCUCCGAGAGGCCUGGCCAGCUCGGGGCAGAAACCCAUCACGGAGAUCCUCCACCCGCUGUCCGCCGCCGAGGAGCCGCUUUCCCCCGGGCCAGAUGUCACCAUCAGAGUCGGAGGGGAAAAGGACCUGGGGCUGACCAACGGCACGCCGGUCGAGUCGUCGAGUCCCAGCUCGGCGUCGUUCAACAGGCUUCAGCUGGACGACGACUCGGAAGCGGACGCCCGGGACCCCUACGCCUCCACGGAAACCCGUGACCUCUUCGUCACGGUCGAUGACCCCAAGAAGCACGUCUCCACCAUGGAGACCUACAUCACGUACAGAGUCUCCACCAAGACGACACGGAUAGAGUUCGACCUGCCGGAGUACUGCGUGCGGCGGCGCUACCAGGACUUCGACUGGCUGAGGAUGAAGCUGGAGGACAGCCAGCCGACCCACCUCAUCCCCCCUUUGCCGGAGAAGUUUGUGAUGAAGGGCGUGGUGGAUCGCUUUUCGGAGGAGUUCGUGGAGACGAGGAUGAAGGCGCUGGACAAGUUCCUGAAGCGGGUCGCCGACCACCCCGUCCUCUCCUUCAACCCGCACCUGAACGCCUUCCUGUCCGCCAAGGACCUGAACAAGCGCCAGGGUCUGGCGCUGCUCUCCAAAGUGGGCGAGUCGGUGAAGCAGGUGGCCGGAGGCUACAAGCUGCGGGCGCGGCCGCUCGAGUUCUGCGCCAUGGGCGAAUACCUGGACACCUUCACCCAGAAGCUGGGGACCAUCGACCGCAUCGCUCAGAGGAUCCUCAAGGAGCAGUCAGAGUACCUGACGGAGCUGCGUGAGUACGGCACCGUCUACUCCAGCUGGGCGGGGUCAGAGGAGGAGCUGCAGCGCCCUCUGGAGGGAGUCGCUGGCUGCGUGACGACGUGCUGCGGAGCGAUGGAGGACCUGAGUGAGAACAUGAGCCAAGACUUCCUGCCCGUACUCAGAGAAUAUGUUCUCUACAUAGAGUCCAUGAAGAACGUUUUGAGGAAGCGAGACCAGAGCCAAGCAGAGUACGAGGGCCGCCUAGAAGCUGCCAUAUUGCGCAAACAGGAGGACAGAACGCCUAUGCCCGUGGAGGUGGAGAAAUGCCAGGACAAAGUGGAGUGUUUCAACGCUGACCUGAAGGCGGACUGGGAGCGCUGGCAGGGCAACAAGAGACAAGACUUCAAGCAGCUUCUCACGGGCAUGGCCGACAAAAAUAUUAACUAUUAUGAAAAGUGCCAGGCAGCGUGGGAGUCGCUCAUAACUCUCCUCCAGGACAAACAGACUGAGGAUAAAUCCAGCGAUACGAACUGAAGCGUCUCCUCGCUUCUCCGGCCCCUCCCCAUGUCUCACUCUACAACGCACUCUGUCGUGCCAAGGAAAAAGAAAAAGGAAAAAAAAGACCAACAGGGCAGCAGAUUUUUCCUGCUGGACUUGGCCCCCGUGCUGCUGUGAGGUGACCGUACAGAGAGGAGAAGAACAUUUGGGCUGUGGAAAAAGGUAACAAACGGUGCAUUCAAGGGCAGCUGGGAAAGAGGAGAAACCUACUAUGUACAUUAUUUUUUUCUGUUCUUAUUGACUUUUUCUACUUCACGUUUUCAAUUAACAAUCGGUUGCCAAUGCUGCUUGCGACCAUAUAACAAUUGUCUCAGAGAGAUGUGUUUCCUGUCCGCUGUCUCCAUUUUCACACUGAGCCAACCGAGAAGGAAAACUCUUGCGGAGAACGUUGCUUUUGAGGGCAGAUGUGAGGUAUGUUAAGUACUGAGAGCACGUUUUCUCCUGCUGGGUUUAAAACUAAACACUAAAAAGAGUUUUUACAUCUUUUCCAUCUCUUAACAAUAUCAAGACUGUAAGAGGCCAAACAAAAACCGAGAUGUUGCACUUGAAGUACCAUAUGGGUUGUUUUUGCAUGAUUCUAUUUGGUUAUAUUCUAACAUUACUGGUCACAGUUUUCCAAAACCUCAUAAACUUUAUUCAUGGUUAUGCUGCAACCAUUGUGAUUAAGAAAAAUAAAAUCAUCCAGCACCGACCUGAGGCAUGCUGACAUGACGUGGCCUCAUGUUUGACCAGUCGCGACACAUGUCAGAAUCAGACAAAGGGAAAAUACAUUUUCCCCCUCGCAGAUAAAUGGCCAACUGCAUUUAACAAUGACGACACAAGCGCGUGUCUGAGCCUAAUGCUGAGGUUUAUCUGGGCGGUGAGUUUGUGGAGCUGAGCACAAAUACAGAGGUUGAUGUUUAGAGAGACAACGGAACGGCAGCUCCACCUUGUGGUCAAGCUCUAUUCUUUUAAUAAUACGGUGUGCUACCUCUGGUUUAUCUUACCUUGUUUUUUUUUUUGUUUGUUUGUUUGUUUUUUAUCCAUGGCCAUUUAUACCUGCUGUAGGGAUUUCACCUAUCUUUUCCAAGCAAAGACGGUUCACGGGGUAAAUAAGACUCCACGGGUACUCUUCGAUUGAAUGACAAUUCUGUACAAUUUCUUUGAAGACAUACUUUGUUAUUGUCGUGCACAUCCGUUUUUAAUUUUGUUUCUGAAAAAGACAAACACUGCAUUGGGAACAUGUGACAUUCAUAAGCUGCAUUAUCAAAAUGUUUGUCUUAUGUCAAGAAGAUUUGGAUUUUAAAGGCUGGAUAUAACUUAAAUGACCUUUGGAGUAUGUGGCCUUGUUUUACGAAGAACCUCUCAAAUGUGUUCACGAUGCCGGCUUAGAAGGGAAGAACGAACAUUUGAACUCUGUGGUGGACGCUGGUCUGGCUGCCAGAUGAGAGAAAGACAUUUUCAGAGUGAUGCACCCUUUAAAGUGUUUUAUCAAGCAAUUUAGAACAACGUGAAAUGACUCGGUUAAUGUGGAAACCCUCUGACAGAGCAGCUUGACGCUAUGACUCAUGGAAGAUAUUUCUAAGAAGGUGGAGCAGCACGUACUAACGGCUGCAUUUUUGCUUUUUUUUUCUCUCCAGACUUCCUGAUGUCCAGCUAACUAGCUCCUCACACUCAGCAUAAAGUAGCGAAAAAAGUUGACCAAGUUGACCGGGACAGCCUCGGUCACGUGUCUGCAGUUGCUGGACGAUGUGUUUUAGUGCGUUCUCGGUUUUCCUUUUACGCCCUACAUUUAUUUGUCUUUUGCGUUUUCCCUUCAGCUUCAAAAGCAUGAACCAGCUACCGUUUCCUUUUACUGCCAGAAGCCAAGAAGGUGACAUGAAGUGAAGAGCAUUACUUUUUUAAUUUAGUUGUAUUGGAACUGGAGGAGGAAAAGCUCUCCAGGCAGCUACAGCAGAUGUUCGGUUCUACGGAUGCACCGAUACUAAAAGGCUAAAUUACUUCAUUUCUACAACAGAACAGCAACAUAUUCAUUUAUAUUAAUCUUAGAAAAAGGGCAGUUAAGAAGUAUUUAGGUAACAACAUGCACAAUGUAAAAUUUACCUCUAAUUUUUAUUCCCUUACUACUGUUUUAGAAAGAGGUCCACACAUUUAUAUUUUUGUUUUUGUUUUGUACCUCAGUCCCCUUUCUUUUGAUGUUCUUCAACACAGAAAAGCCAAAACUUUUCUCAGGGUUAUUAGGUAGUGCAUCUAAUUGACCAACAGAGAUGGUAAAGUCAUAGGAUCUUGGUUACAUUUGUAACCCCGGUUUCUCCGCCACAGGCUCCUCCAUACUCCUCCGGUUUAUUUCGACUCCAUUAUCUGUUGAAUUAAUUUCAUAUAUUCUGUUGCACACCACAAAAAAACAAAACAAAAAAAGGGCACAGAUGACUAUUUUUCUUUUCUAUUCCAGCCAGUAGCUAGUCGAACCAAGUACAUUUAAACCAAUGUUAAAAGGAAAAGGAAAUUUACUGGGUGACAUUGGUUCAUUUACGGUCACACACUGUGAAUUAUUACCGCGUGACUUAGAAUACAGACUUACAUUGGUGCAUCCGUAGACUGGUGUCAACGUAGUAAUGGGUAUUGGGAUGUUUCGGACUGAAGCUGGCCAUAUAUGUCCAGCUGGGUAUAAAAGAAGUAUGAAACAUUAUUGUUGUGGUUCCGAUGUGUAUGUGAAGACUACAGCAUACAUUGCAGGAAAUGUGAACUAACAAAAGCAAAACUUGAAGGAUAACCAACAUUAGUUUUACUUUUGAUGCACAUUGGAAGUCUGACAAUAGUUCUCUGAUUAAUGUGCUCACUGUAGUCCUUAAUAAUAGCCAUCGUGAAAGCCCUAUCCUAUACAGCGUGCCUGCUGAUUUGUUUUGCACUAUAUAUCUAGCUACCGCCCUCGGCACAAAUGCCAGCUUAUUGCAAUAUUGAAAACUGUUUUCAUACUUUCAUUUGCCAAAAAUGACCAUAAGAUGUUUUGUCGGUCCAGAUGAAUCUUGUGUUUCGGUUUGGAACGUUCAGAAAUGUAAAGAAAGGCGUCGUCCGCAAAGCUGAUUCAGGUUCAGGUUCUGUUAUGGCUGCCACUAUACAAGCCUGGCAGAGUGGAGGUUUUAUUCAUGUACAAAUGUUUCUAAGCCAAAUGUAUCCAUCUUUUCCCCCGUCUUCCCUGUAUAGAUUCUCACACACGAUGAUUAAAUCUAAUUUUCAGCACAAGAUGAAUCCAGCUGUACGGAAGCUAACGACCGAAUGUGUCAAUUUGGCUUCAGUCUCUUUUUUUUUUUUAAUCUCAGUUCCUCCCCGGUGUGUACUGUUUACGUUCAGAGUUCUCACUGUACAUUUGGAUGUUAAUAACAUUUUGUUGUAAUUAUGAAUAAGCUUGUAAAUUGAUGUUUUGAUGCAACUUAUCUUUACCACAAACAGAUUUUCUUUUCCAAAUAUACUGGACCAAUAAUAAAGACAACGGAUUCAUUUGA